AUGUAUGCAAUAGACCCCAGCAGCCUCGCAGAAGAGACAGUGCAGCAGCAGCUGCUGCACUUGGCCAAAGACAUCAUGGGUUAUCCCAAGCCCGCAGCAACCCUCGCUGUACCCUCCCCGAGGCCCCCCCAGGGGGCCCCGGGGGGCCCCCAGGGGGGCCCCCCGGGGGGGCCCCAUGGGGCCGACUCCCAGGAGGUGGAGAAUGUGAGGCUGCAGGAAGGGGGCAGGGCCGCCUCGGAAGUGUGGAGGGGCGGCAGCCGCGGCUCCAGGGAACUCAUCGCAAGAAAUGCUGCUGCUCGUUCACGUGAGCUUCUGCAGCAGAAGCAGCAGCAGCAGCAGCAGCAGCAGCAGCAGCAGCAUGAGUCGGCCCCUGUUGAUGAGGUCGCUUGA